AUGGAGGCCCCCUCGCCGCCCCUCUGCUUCCUCCUCCUCUUCCUCGCCUCCUUCGUCGUGGCCAUGGCCGAGGACCCCUACCGCUUCUACACCUGGAACAUCACCUUCGGCGACAUCUACCCGCUCGGCGUCAAGCAGGAGGGGAUCCUGAUCAACGGCCAGUUCCCGGGGCCGCAGAUCGACGCCGUCACCAACGACAACAUCAUCAUCAACGUCUUCAACAACCUCCCCGCACCAUUCCUACUCUCAUGGCAAGGAAUUCAGCAGAGGAGGAGCUCAUGGCAGGACGGUGUGUAUGGCACAAACUGCCCGAUCCCACCGGGGGGAAAUUUCACCUACAACAUGCAGUUCAAGGACCAAAUUGGGAGCUACUACUACUUCCCUUCUCUCGCGUUCCAUAAGGCGGCUGGCGGGUACGGUGGCAUCAGGGUCCUGAGCCGCCCGAGGAUCCCGGUUCCAUUCGACCCCCCUGCUGGUGAUUUCACUAUAUUGGCCGGUGACUGGUUCAAGCUCAACCACACUGAUUUGAAAGGCAUCUUGGACAGUGGUAAUGACCUUCCCUUCCCUGAUGGGCUUCUCAUCAAUGGCCAAGGCUGGAAUGGCAACAAAUUCACAGUAGACCAAGGGAAAACAUAUCGUUUUCGGGUGUCGAAUGUGGGCAUCUCAACCUCCGUAAACAUAAAGAUCCAGGGCCAUUCCUUGCUCCUGGUUGAGGUGGAGGGAUCACACACCAUGCAGACCACAUACUCGUCGCUCGAUGUUCAUCUUGGACAGUCCUACUCGUUCCUUGUGACGGCUGAUCAGCCACCCCAGGACUACACCAUUGUGGUGUCGACGCGGUUCACCAACCCUCUACUCACCAACACUGCUGUGCUCCAUUACAGCAACUCAAAUGGAGUCCGUGCAGCGUUACCACCUCCCCCAGGGCCUACGAUCGAGAUCGAUUGGUCUCUGAAUCAGGCUAGGUCAAUCCGGUGGAAUCUGACGGCGAGCGGACCAAGGCCGAACCCUCAAGGCUCGUACCACUACGGCCUCGUCAACACAACGAGGACGAUGCGGCUUGCCAACUCACGGGAGACCAUCAACGGCAAGCUGAGAUACGCGGUCAACAGCGUGUCCUUCAUCCCGGCCGACACCCCCCUGAAGGUGGCCGACUUCUACAACAUCCAGGGCGUGUUCACGCCGGGAAGCAUGCCCGACAACCCAUCCGGUGGCCCCGGCUACCUCCAGACCGCCGUCAUGGCGUCCAACAUGCGGGACUACGUGGAGGUCGUCUUCGAGAACGCCGAGAACCAGGUGCAGUCGUGGCACAUCGACGGCUACGCGUUCUGGGUCGUCGGGAUGGAGGGAGGACCGUGGACGCCGGCGAGCCGGCAGAGCUACAACCUUAGAGACGCGAUCGCUCGGUACACAUUGCAGGUGUAUCCAGGGUCGUGGACGGCGAUCUACAUGCCGCUGGACAAUGUGGGGAUGUGGAACGUGAGGUCGGAGAGCUGGGGCAGGCAGUACCUGGGGCAACAGUUCUACCUCCGGGUGUACUCGCCGGCCAACUCGUGGCGGGACGAGAACCCCAUCCCCAAGAACGCGCUGCUCUGCGGCCGGGCCUCCGGCCGCAAGACAAGGCCUCUCUGAAUGAACUCUCCAACCGGGUUAGUUUUGGUGUCACGA